AUGGCUCCGCCACAGCUUAUUCGCUGUGCUGCGCUCUUCUUCACUCUCCUAUCCGUUUUCCCUCUUGCUCUCUCUCAGACUGGUCCUUCCAAGGUCACUUGCCCCCGCAAUCUGGUCAGGUCAGCUGGUUCUGCAGGAGCACCCGUUCUCUCCGCUGAAGAACGUGCUUAUGUCGACGGGCGCAUGCAAAGCGUCCUCCCAGACGCAUGGAAAGCGUAUCUUACCUCUGUCCGUGCUGCGCUGCCACUUGGUGUCAAACUCCCUUCGUAUGUGUCAGAAAUCCUUGACCCAAAACAACCAAAACAGCCCUUCAUUCCCACACGUCCUGCUGACCUGCCCAGGCUCGGCAUUGCACUCUCUGGUGGAGGCUUGAGGGCAGCCUACUUUGCUGCAGGCGUGCUUACUGCAAUUGAUGGCCGGAAUACAACAAAUCCUACGGGAUCUAACGGACUGCUUCAGGCCGCUACCUACUUGGCUGGGCUCUCAGGCGGAGGUUGGUUCACCACUGCACUGGUGCAAGCCAACUUUCCUACCAUUCCUGAGCUUGUAUUUUUUCCCAACGCGCCGGCGUCAAAUUCCCACUUUGGUGGGUUCCUUAGCGCCUUUGAUAUUAUUGCCCCAGGAGCAGAUGAUGCGCAGAAUAGCGCGUACUUCCAGGCGGUGCUCAGUGAGCUCGUGCCAAAGGCUUCCGCGGGCUUCCCGGUAACGCUAACGGACGCGUGGACCCGAAUGAUUGCAAGACACUUUGUAAACGGCACGACAGCAGAGACAAUUUUGAGCCCCGGAUCGCAUGGAGAUGGCAUUACAUUCAGUGGAUUACAGAAUCUUCCAAGCUUCAAAGCACACACACAGCCCUUUCCCAUCCUCCUCUGGAAUGCAAUUCCCCCGGCGCUCAUUAACAAUCCCGACGAUCCCCAGCAAUUGGCAGAUAUUGUGCCCGGGAACAGUGUCCCUGUCGGGAGCGAGAUUUGGGAGGUGAAUAUGUUCGAAACGGGCUCUUGGGACCCCACGCUUGCGUCGUUCAUUCCUACGCGUCUGCUAGGAUCGACCCCUGCCUCGGGGACAGGCCGAAACAAGGUCGAUGCGCAGUGCUUUGUCGGCGUUGACCAGGCAGCAUACAUUGCAGGGAUCAGCAGUAAUGUGUUUAAUGGGCUCAACACGACAACGAACCUCCUUCCCUUUACACAAGAAGGGGCAUUAAUCAGCGCAAUUAAUGCAACAUUCCCCUCACCUGUGAGUGUGCGCCUCGACUCGGCAGCGCUACCCAAUCCUUUUAAGGGUGUUAAUCCGCGUACAUACCCUUCCUCGUCGCAAUCCUUCCUCUCUCUCGUCGACGGCGGUUCUAAUGGGGAAGUGUUGCCCCUCCAGCCUCUGAUCAUGCGCUCGCGCAGUGUAGAUGUCAUCUAUGCCGUGGACGCACCCGCGGACUUGCCAACGUCCUACGCCAACGGCAGCGACAUUGUCAAUGCCGCCGCACGCGCGAAGCGCUUCUCGUCCGGGCGGCUGUACCCCUUCCCACGCGUGCCGGCCUCGCCCCAGACAUUCGUGGACAGAGGGCUGACGCUGCGCCCAACGAUCUUUGGUUGUCUGCCGGAGGACGAGCGAAGCGGUGCCCCGAUUGUCGUGUACAUCGCAAAUGGGGGUGCGAGUGCAGAGAAGCGGGCGAAGGGGGAGCCGGGCGUGACAGGCGUACCGACGGGGCAGACUGCGUACUCCAAUGAGAUGGCCCAGGCGUUUAUGGACGAAUCGUUUGCUAUUGCUACUCAGGGUCUGGGGCUUAAUUCGACGUCAACGAAUGCAGGCCAGCAGUGGAGCACCUGUUUGGCGUGUGCGGUUGUUGACCGCGCGCGUGCGAGGCGAGGAGACAAGAGGGAGGGUGUUUGUGCAGAGUGUUUUAACAAUUAUUGUUGGGAUGGUCGGGAGUGA